AUGUCUACCUUAGGCUUGCAUAAAGAUGGUCCCUUUGGUGGGGCGGGCGGCAGUGCCUACGAUGCCAGAGAUGGCGAACAGAAAGUCAAGCAUGUUGAUUUAUGGACCGCAGACUACAACGGCUACGAUGUUAUUGGAGCGUUCAAUCUAGAAUUCCAAGACGGUUAUUCGACCGGUAGAAUCGGCGGAAGGGAUAACGCCGUCCCACUUUACGGUCCAUAUCCCUAUGAUUUUGCAGAUGAUGAAACAAUAACAGAGAUGGUUGUCAAUGCUGGUAACGGUGAAGGCUACGUCAACGGAAUCAGAUUCUCAACAACUCGACAAAAGGAUGCUUACAAUGUUGGUGGUCAUGAGGGUCAUGAUUUUGUAUUGGAUGGGGAUGAUCUUGGUGCGAAUGGCGAAUGGGCCGGGGCUACAGGCGGAGACGACAUACACGGCGCUGAUGCCGUUGUGGACAGCAUGUGUCUUUACUUUAAGGAGUGA